AUGAAAGAUUUUGUUUUAUUAAAUGAUAAAAUAUUACCAAAUGAUGUCAAAUGCUAUAGUUGUUGUACGACUAUGGAUUUAAUAGCAUUGGUAACAAAAGAUGAUCAAAUAGUUAUACAUAGAUUUCUUACAUGGCAAAAAUUAUUCACAAUCAACCAUAUGUCGACAACUAUAAAUGAUAAUAACACUAAUAAUAAUAAUAAUAAUAAUAAUAAUAAUAAUAAUAAUAAUAAUGAUAAUAAUAAUGAUAAUGAUAAAAGUAAUAAAUCAAUAGUAUCAAUUCAAUGGAGUCCAAAUGGAAAGAUGAUAUCAAUUGGAUGUGAAGAUGGAUCAAUUUUUAUAUAUAAUAUUGAAAAUGCAAAAUUAAUAAAUAAAUCACAUAAUCAUAAACACCCAAUUCAUAAAUUGGCAUGGAUAAAAGAAGUUUCACAACAACGGUCACAACAACAACAACAACAACAACAACAACAACAACAACAACAACAACAACAACAACAACAACAACAACAACAACAACAACAACAACAACAACAACAACAACAACAACAACAACAGAAUAAGAAUGGUUCAACUAAAUGUAAUAAUAAUUAUGUAUCACCACCACUAUUUUUAUCACAAAUUAAACAAAAUAUGAAUUUAUUUCCGUCAAUAUCAUAUUAUUUUGAAAAUUCAAAAGAGGAAAAUAUUUAUUUAGGAGGAGAUAUAUAUGAUAGACCAUUUGAUAUUUUAAUUUGUUGUGAUAGUAUAGGUGUAAUUAGUUUACUUGCAUUUGGUUUAUUUAAAAUUGUAACAAUAGAUUUAUUAUCAUUAUUAAAACAAAAGUAUUCAAAUACUCAUUUCUUAAUUAAACCUUCAAAAAGUUUAAAAAUUUUAGACAUUACAUUAACAGAAUCAUUAAAUAAAUUAUCAGUUAUGAUUGAAACAGAUAAUGGAUUAUUUUUAUCAGUAACAAUUGAUACAUCGAUUUUAUUAGAGAAAAGGAAUGAAAUUCAUGAGAUAUCUUUACAAUACUUUUUAUUAUUUCAACUUCAACAAUCAUUAGAUAUUCAUAUAAAAGAGAUCACUGAAAAAUGGAAAGAAACUCAACAACAAUUAUCAACUAAAUGGGUAGAAUUUGAAAAGGUCUUAUCCGAUUAUGGUUUCUCUUCUUCAAUUGAACAAGAGUUAAUAGAUUUAUUAAUGUGUGGUGUACCUUCUCCACCAACUAAUCAAUUCAUUGUUAAUAAUAUUAAUAUUAAAAAAUUAAAAUUAACAGAAUCAAAUUGUAAUUCAAUUAGAGAGAUAUUAAUAAAAUAUAUAUUACCAUCAUUUUUAAAUAUAUUUCAUAUUAUUACAGUUUUACAUAAUAAUUCAUUAGAGAAUGAUGGAUAUAAAGGAUUAUUGGAUACAAAUACAGUUAAGAAUAUUUUAGAUUAUUGUGGUUCAUUUGGAAUGAGACUACAAUCAUUGGAGACUUUAAUUUGUGGUAUCGAAUCUCAUUAUACUUCAUUCUUCUCUUGGUUAUAUAAAGUUCAAUGUACACUAAAUGAAAUUCAACCCGAUAGAAAAUUAUCAUUACCAUUCAACGAAUUAUCAAUUAUGUCAUUAUUAAAAAAAGGAUUAAAAUUUGAUUUAUUAUUUUCAACAUCAACUUUAUUUUCAUCAUCAUCAUCAUCAUCUCCAUCAUCACCACCUUCAAAUAAUAAUUCGCCAACAUUUUCAUCAUCAUCAUCUAUUAAUAAUAAUAAUAAUAAUAAUAAUAAUGAACUGAAUCAAUCUGGUAAUAUUGGUUUUAGUAAUAAUAAUGAAAAUUUAGAAUUUCAAUAUAAAGAUUUAAAAGGUAACUUUCAUGAUCUAUUUAAGGAUUUUUCAAGUAAAAUCUUUGAAACAUUUAAUGAAAUUACAAUAGUUUUACCAUCUUUAUUUAAAUUUGAAAAUGUUAUACCAUUUUGCCUUUAUGAUAAGAAUGAUACUUCAGUGUCUCAUAAAUUUAAUUGUUCUUUAAUUUCUCAUCCAAAUGAUACAAUAUAUUUAUCAAUUUAUACUACAUUAUCAAAUAGUAAUAGAUUAUUUAUUUGUAAAAGAGAGGAUAAAUUGAAUUGGAGUUUCACUUGUUAUCAAUUGAAUGAAAAGUAUAGCAUUUUAGAUUGCAAAUUCUAUAAUAAUUCUUCUUUGAUGGCAUUGGUUUCAGAAGAUAUUAUCAAAGCCAAUCAAAAGAAAUCAACUAGAAAAAAUACAUAUUUGAAACAAUAUCAAUAUAAAACUGAUGACAAUGAUGACAGUGAUAAUAGAGAGUAUAUAAAAUUAGAUGUUAAUAUACCUCAAAGUACUAUUUUAUUAGAUCUUUUAGAUUCAUUUAAAUCUAGGGAAAUUAUUUUAAAAUCAAGAAUUUCACCAAUUACAUUUGAAUUAUCAACAUCAAGAAAAAUAUCAGCUACGUUUAUUGGUAAAAGAAGAGUUGCUUUAUAUGAUUUGGCAGAGGAUGAAGAAGAAGAAGAAGAAGGGGAGGAAGAAGAUAUUUGUUUGGUAAGAUAA